AUGGAAACUUCAAGUAUAGAGUCUAACGAAAGUUAUCACCCUAAUAUUAGUAAAGAAGACGUCGUGGUCGAUGAAGGAGAUGAUGAAUCAAUAGAAAGAAGAUUUGAGAAAUCUCCUACCAAUUUAUCCCGAAGAAAAUCAAAUAAUUCGGAAUUAUCAAAAAUCUUAUCAGGUAUAAAAGAUGAUAUAAAUCAACCAUAUGAAGAUAUUGCUUUGGCUGAACUGGUAUUAGCUCACCAGUUAACCAGGCAAGAAGUCGAGGGAGUAACUGAUUUGGAAAAUAAUGUCGAAUCUAUCCCUUCGGGGGUAAGCGGUGACAAUGUUCCUCAACCCGAUGAAGGGUUCUCUUGGGUAAUAGCUAUAGUAUCCAUGUUGGCUAUUUUUGCAACUUGGGGAUCUAAUGCAUCUUAUGGGGUUUUCUUGAAUUACUAUACCCAUAAUAAUACUUUUGAAGGAGCUGACAUGUACGAUUUUGCAUUGAUUGGUGGUAUAGUUGUGUUCUUAGCUCAAAGUACCGCUCCAAUUACUACUUUAUUAUAUCAAAUUUUUGGUUUGAGAACUAUUGUGAUUGUAGGGAUCAUCUUACAAACCGCAGGUUAUGUUCUUGCUAGUUUUGCUAAGAGUUUAUGGCAAUUAUAUCUUACCCAAGGGUUGAUGAUUGGGUUAUCUUUUUCCUUAGUGUAUUUACCAGCUACUUUAGUUCUUCCCACUUGGUUUGAUAAAUAUAGAGCUUUUGCUUUUGGAAUAGCUGUUAGUGGUGCAGGUCUUGGUGGGAUAGUUUUUGCAUUAUCCGUGGAUCAUGUUAUUAGAAUUUCUGGUAACCAAUAUUGGGGUUUGAGAUUAACAGCUUUGAUAGCUUUAGUCAGCGCAUUACCUAAUUUAUUCUUAAAACCUAGAAUCCCAACUCAACAACCAUUAAGUAAGACCUUAAACUGGAAAUUCAUCAAAGCUAACACGAAUAAGAUCAUUGAUCCUAAAGUUUUCAAGUCUUGGUCUUUAAGAGCAUUAAGUUUAUGGUUUGGUCUAGCACUUUUAGGAUAUGUGGUGAUGUUAUUUUCAUUAUCAUCAUAUGCUACUGCCAUGGGAUUAUCAGAUAAACAAGCCAGUAAUUUGACUGCACUUUUAAAUGCUGGUCAAGUUAUUGGUAGACCUACUAUUGGAUUGUGUAGUGAUAGAUUUGGUCGUGUCAACACUGCUUCCUUUUUAGGUUUAUGUAUUGCCAUAAUGAUAUUUGCUUUCUGGAUUAAUGCCACUACUUAUGCCGAAUUGAUUCCUUUCUCCUUGAUAAUAGGAGCUAUCAUCGGUAUUGGAUCUACAUUAUGUCAACCAAUAGCUGGGGAUCUUAUUCUGGACAUUUCUCAAUUACCUGCUGCUUGGUCAAUGUUAAAUAUUUGUGUUGGAUUCUUUUGUCUUGCAGCUGAAGUUAUAGCUUUAAGUUUGAAAAAACCCAAUGCAACCAAACCUUUCUUACAUUGUCAAAUUUUUGCAGGUUGUUGUUUCAUUGCCUGUUUAAUACUUUCAAUGCUUAUUCGUCAAACUUUAGUACGUAAGGUAUUAAGUAAGAGAUUAGCUUCAACUCACGAAGCCAUAGAAGAGAUCAAUGAACCCAAAAGAUACUUAACUAUAAACGAUUUAAAUGACCAAAGUCAACAACUUGAACUCCUCAAUGAAAGAAGAGUUAGAUAUGAAUAUUUAUUAAUGGGUGGGAUCAAACACUUUCUCAUCAGAUUAUUUUAUCCGAUGAAAGUUUAA